AUGCCAGAGAAGACCAUAUCCAACCAAGGAAGGAUUUUCAACAACAGGUUCUUAUGGGCUCUAUACAAACGCCUUGGCAUUGACCCUCAUUUUUCCUCUGCCUAUCACCCCCAGAGCAACGGACAAACGGAACGCGUCAACCCCUCCAUUGAACAUUUUCUCAGAGCUUACUCAGGGGUUAAUCAAAGGGAUUGGACCAGAUGGCUCCCAAUGGCAGAAUUUGCGUACAACAAUGCCGUACAUAGCAGCAUGGGGAAAACCCCUUUCAAGGCCUUGUAUGGAUGGGAACCUACGUUAACCCAAUCAAAUGUACCAAUGGAUGUACCAGAAGCGGACGACCUGGCCCAAGUAAUGGAGGCACAGUGGAAAGAAGUGGAGUCGGCGCUCUGGCAGUCUAAACAAAGGAUGAUAGCUGGAGAGCAAGGAAACCCAACAGAAUUCAAGAUUGGAGAAGAAGUUUGGCUGGACGCCAAGAAUGUCAACCUCAAAACCCUGAGUCCCAAGCUAACGGAACAACGCCUGGGACCAUUCAAGGUUGUCAAAAAGAUCUCUGAACAAGCUUACCGCCUAGAACUCCCUCCAACAAUGCGAAUCCACAAUGUCUUCUACGUAGGACUCCUGUCCAAGGUCAAAAGGGACAAAAAACGCGCCUUCAAGAAUUGCCCCCCACCAAUCACUGUGGACGGAGAAGAAGAGUACAAGGUGGAAGGGAUAACCAAUGCCAAAGAAAGGAAUGGGAAGUGGUUUUUCCGAGUCAAAUGGAAAGGGUAUGGAUCUGAAGAAAACACAUGGGAACCCCAAGAAAACUUAAAAAAUGCGGAAAAAAUUUUAGAAAAAUACGAAAAAGAUAUGAAAAAGAAGGCCCUUGGCGCUGCCAAGGCCCUUAGAGGGGGGGCAGUGUUGUAG